AGUUAUUUGCAAAAAACUGUUUUUCGUGUGUAGUAUAUAUAUAAAAACAGCAACGGGCAAGGAGAUCGAUUGCAAUCGAUUCCGGAAUUUUAAUUUACUGUAACAAUAUUUUUUACGAUUCGUGUCAUAUUUCAACUUCUUCUUAAACGCUUAAUGCUUUUUAUUGAAAAAUGGGGGAUAGAUAUCAUCGUGUGACUCCAGAAAGCAAAUCGCUUUUAAAUACCGAAUCGCAUAAGAAAUUCAAAAGUAAUGAAGCUUCAACGUCCAACGUUAAACAGUGUCUUAAAGAAUAUUCGUUGGAAGACAAAGUCGAAGGUUUGAAAAAUAUGCUUGAACACAAUGAGAAACGUGCUGAAAAGCCGGAGCCACGCAUAAUCGAGACGUGUACUAAAGAAAGGAUAAUUGGUGUAAAGGAAUGUUUGCAACCGCAUUCGAUGUCAGCGUUUCAAACGAUCGUUUCUGAAUUAAGAAAUACCGUGAUGAACAGUUACUGGAACCAAGAAGUUGGUAAAACACGUUAUCAAGUUCCCAAUUUACCGGCUGGAAUGGACCCAUUAGAAGUCACUUUUGGAAAGAAACUAGUUUCUACGGGAACCGUGGCCGAUGCUCUUCAAGAGAUGAAAGUCUCUGACAUGCCGGAGAAAGAAGUCCACGAAAUGUACAUAAAAAGUCAUCAUGAUUAUUUACCGGCAGAACGAAUCGAAAGACGGUAUAAGAAACCGUUUGAAAAAGACAUGUGCUUUGGAGAAUCGAUGGAUAUUCUUGGUAUCGUCGACGGUGCACGAUUGAAAAGACUUGUAAAAUGGAUUAAUCCUGAACCUUACGCGACAGUUAGUUCCAAUUUAGCCGACUUUUUGGAACGUACCCACGCGCGCGUCGGGGAAACAAAAAAUAUAAAGAAUUCAUACAUGUAUAUGGAUAUGAAACACGGUAAAACGACAGCGAAAGAUAAAUAUGAGAAGUUGAACAUUAUGAGCGACUGCCCCGUAAACAACGAUGUACUGAUGCAACAAGAAUAUUUGCAAUACAUAAACAGUCUACGCCUGAGGUUCAAGAAGCUCGUGCCUCCAGUUCCAUUCACAGAUAUUCACGAAGACUUAUUUUGCCAGGACGAAAAUUACACCGACGUGCUACCAGAGGACAAAAUUUACUCGACGUUAGCAAGAUACAGAGUACACAUAAAUAAAGAUCUUUUGACACCUUUACUGGAUCUGCUUCAAAUACGAAAAGAGAAGAACGUGAAGUACAAAGAAUUGUUAGAUCUUUUAAAUUGGAAAUACCAUUUUCCCACGUUGCCGAAGAUAGAAAGAAUACCUCGGGAAUGCCAAUACUUCGAUACCUCAUAUGGCAGUACAAUAGGAAGUGUAGACAAAAUAGAUACUACGGACGUUCGAACGGCUGGAAUCUUGUCCAUAGACCCGGAUCAACCUACUGCUUACAGUCUCAUAUUUCCAAAUGUUUACACGAAACACGGACUCAGCCACUUAGAGUUGAUCAAAGUACGUUUAAAAAACGAAGUACGAAAUAUUUUUGAAAGAAUCGGAAUUACUUUUCCCGAGAACAACUUCGACGUGCUUUGGGAAGAAGGGACAAAGAUAAGUGGUACAGAUGACGUGUCCGUAGAGAUCUUUUUGAACUUACUCGAGCAGUUUAGUAAUCUGAUCAGCGACAAGUACGACGUAAAGCCAGAAACUCAAUAA